AUGCGUCGUACAUAUCGUUCUAAAAAAGACAGUGGAAAUGCACUGGACCAUCGGGAUGUUAUCCAGAACUUAGACGAAAAGACUUCAGUCUUUAACGCAUUUUACAUACAAAAGAUCAAACAAGCUAAAAGAGAAUUGUCAUGUGUUGGCUCCACUAAUCACUACAUUGCCGCGAACAAAGUACGGAAAAGAAAAUACGUGAAACGCAUCGUAAGAGAAGCUGAAGCCCCUAAUGACUCUCUGCAAGAUUCUUUUUCUCAAUCAGCAUUCCUGACUCCUGAUAAAUCUAUAAAAGUGAAUAAAGUUCAAGAUUUAUUUGAUCAACUUCUGAACUCAUCAUCAUCUAAACCGACUGAAUCACCAGUGAAUACUAAAGUUCAAUCCAGAGUUGAAAGAAAGCCAUACUUCAAGAAACGGAACUUGUCAAAAAUUAAGAAGUUUAACUGUUCUAGUAGUGACAGCAAUGAUUCCGAUAAAGAGAACUCGAAUGAGACAUCUCUCAAUAAUACAGAUAUAAGAACUCAUGAGCUGCUUAUAGAAAAGCAGAAAAGCUCAAGUCCUAGACAUUUAGAUGAAUCUAUAAAAAAUGUAGUUAAAAAAAUUAGCAUUCUAAAAAAUUUUAGACUUUCAAGUCCUAGUUUUAAUGAUUCAACCAAUUUAAAUCAUAAUUUUUAUCAAGAUCAUAGACUCACCACGAAUUUGCCAUCACCGGAUCUUUCAAAAUCACCAUUAUGUAGUACUCCAUUCAAAGAAAAAUAUAGAAGUAAGUCUAUUUACAAUUUUUCACCUGUUGGUAUAGAAAAAAAUGAGAAUAGUCCGAAUUAUAUUACAAUAAUUGAAGAAAGUGCCAGUCAUGAUUUGUUGGAUAUUGAUAAAGAGAAUGAGCCACUUGCAGCUGUGGAAGCUCAAUCUUCACCCAUUAUUCAUUUGUCUGUUAAUAAAAGUGGCAAAAGUGAUAGAACUAAUAAAUCAACUAGCAAAUUUGAUCUCAAACCAGACAUAAAAACAUAUUUAAUGCCAUCUAUUUCCAAAGAUUCAGAAAAUAGUAAAUUUAAAAAUGAUGAAGUUGUAAGUAUUGAAACAAGUGAACUUGAGCCAUUUUUAGGAUUUUUAAAUCUUGAUGAUGUUGGUCCUUCCAUGGUGAAUUUAGUUCACAAAUCUAGUGAAUGUCAUAAAAAUGAGGAAAUUAGGGCUGACAACAGUUUUAUUUUUAAGAGUGGAUCUUCUCAAAAUAAAAGUAAUCCUACAUCCCAUAAAAAUAGUAAUAGUGAUGACAAAAGUAAUGACGAUAAUAUGUCUUUAGAAAGUGAUGAUUUAUCAUAUGACACUUGUGCAAGUGAGGAAUCUCUACCCAAUUUAAUUGAUAAAGGUUUAAAAGUACCUGUUGUUGAAGUAGAAAGAAUGGACAAUUCAUUAUUGAUCAAGUAUUACACUAAACUUUUAAAUAAUUAUGAGAGAUAUAGUACUGAUGAGAGUGAUGACUAUGCUAGCUUAGAGGACACGGAAACUGAUAAAAUUUCGAAUCAAGGAGAUGAUGAAGAAAAUGUAUUUGAAGGCAAUACUGAUCAUGAAGUUAGUUGUAUACAAAAUUAUUUGAAUGAUGAUAAUAUUUCCAAUGAUGAUACAAAUAACUCAAUUGAAAUAAUAGCAAAUGGUGAGAUUUACAAUGAUUAUGUGCCAGAUGUCUUAGAAGAAACUAAUUUAUCAAAUAUUGCUGACUGCUCUCUACAUGAUGAAGAAGAAAGAUGUAUCAGUUUUGUAACUACUAGAAAACGCAAUGAAGUAACAAAUAAUUCAAUUAUGCUAGAAUUUAAUAAUUCAAUAAACAGUACAAGCAGUGCUGAAUAUGAUAAGACUGUACUUAGUAAUAAUGACUUAAGCCUAAAAGAAUAUUUAAGUUCUAGUCUUGAAAUAGCUAAUGAGCAUAAUGUUAGAAAUGUUGUUAACUUGACUGAAUCCCCAAAAAAUGAUGUAGUAGACUCUGAAAAAAAAUAUGAUAAAUUUAUGGGCAAAAAUAAUAAUUUUCAACUUAUUUCACAAAGAUCUACAAAUAUACCAAGAGAUAGUUGUGUGGAAAGUUGUUCUAUAAUUAGUUCAUUUGAUAGUACCAAAGCAGAAGUUAAACCUGCUAUAGUUUUACAGCCAGGAAAGAAAUGGGAGAGAUCUUUAAGUAUUUACAGAAGAAUGACUAUGAUGACUGAUAAUUUUAACCACUCUAUGUUAGAAGAUGAACAAUUGCAAAGUAAGGGUAGAAAAUAUAGACAAAGUGUUGUUAACACUAUGGAGAUGCAAGAUUCCAAAGGUUCAGUACACAAUGAAUCAAUUGUCAGUCGGAGAAGCACUUUCGUGUCUAAACCUAGUAGAUCCACAAUCCGGAUUAUAAGGGAACCCAGCAGUUCGAGGCUUAGUUUAUACACUAGUACUGUAUAUGAAGAUCUAAAAGGAUUUCUGUCCGAAGAUUGUGAUGAUACGGUUGUUGAACUAUCAAAACUAUCUAUCGCCGACUCGGAACAUGAAGUUACUGUUCUAGAGAACAACUUACAUGAAACAUCGAAUCGUGUCUCCUCUGCGAGGGAUUACGUGUUGCGUCGAUGCAAUCAAGCGGACGCGAUUCACUUCGAUGAAUGCUAUCCAGAAGAGGUCCUGAAAAAUUGCCGCAAGAUUGGCGAAGGAGUCUAUGGGGAGGUAUUUUUGUGGAGAGCUAGAGAUGGCCGUGCGCGUGUGAUGAAGAUUGUCCCUAUCGCAGGCACCACUAAAGUCAAUGGCGAACAUCAAAAGGACUUCCAUGAGAUUAUCUCGGAGAUAGUGAUUGCUAUGGAAUUGAGUGCAUUACGCACUCCUAUAGAUGAACUUCAACGUGACUUUGAUGAAGGGAAGGAAAUUGAUGCUUUGGAUCUACAUUCUGUAGAGAAUGCUACUGAUGUUUUUAAUGAGGUGUUAACGGUUAAAUGCGUAUACGGCAAUUAUCCUUCGCGUUUGCUCGACUUGUGGGAGCUUUACGACGAGUGCAACGGGUCCGAGAACGACAACCCGGCGAUACUGCCAGUGGAUCAGCAGUACAUUGUGUUGGAACUCGCAAACGCUGGCCAAGACUUGGAGAGCUUCGAGUUCAACAACGCUGAGCAAGCGCAUGCUUUGUUCUUGCAGAUCGCAUUCGGUUUGGCUGUGGCGGAAGAAGGGUUUCAAUUCGAGCAUCGCGAUUUGCACUGGGGGAACGUGCUGAUAUCACCGACUGAUCAGAAGUUCGCUGUAUUCGUUCUCCGCGGUCGCGCGCACCGCGUGGCGCGCUGCGGGGUGAAGGGCACAGUGAUCGACUACUCCCUGUCGCGGCUCUCGCUGCCAUUAGCGGGCUGUGGCGAUACCGCGGCCCUGUACAACGACCUCGCGUCCGACGAGUCGUUGUUCGAUGCCGUCGGCGAUCGCCAGUUCGACGUGUACCGACUGAUGAGGGAUAAACUGGGGAAUGACUGGAAGAAUUUCGAGCCAUACACUAACGUACUGUGGCUGCAUUACACUGUCGAUAAAAUGAUAACGGCCCUCCGCUACAAGAGGACCAAUACUAAGAUACACAAGCACUACAUUGCAAAACUGAAGGGGAUCAAGAACAGAAUACUAGACUACGGCAGCGUAACCCACUUUGUACUAACUGACAACGAAUUUUGA